CAACUAUCUUCAUGGAGUUCUGGCAAAGAAAUCAGUCUGUACUCCAAUUAGUUUGGAAUGUGAAGUCACUCGAAAAUGAAACAAUGUUGAGGCCGGAAUAUAUAGAAAAUGCUAAACGAAUGAAAUAUUCUCCAGUAACAGAAACAAAUGAGCCAUAUAUAAAUAGAAGAGUAAUUUGCUUGGGAUACACCAUAACUUUAUUUUCAUUGCUUCUCAUGUUGUUUCUGGUUAUACUAGGCGUUCUUGGUGUUAUGAUUUACAGAAUAAGCGUCGAUAUGAUGUUAAUUCGAAGUAGUAAAGAUGAAAUCAUCAUAGAAAAUACAAGAGUUAUCGCGGCCGUUACCGGAGCAUGCAUGAACGCUACAUUCAUAUUCAUUUUCAGGGCUAUUUUCAAAAUUCUGGCUUUGAAGCUGACCAAUCUGGAAAAUCAUAGAACUCAGCAAGAAUACGAUAAUUCGUUCAUAUACAAGAGUUACUCUCUAGCAUUCGUCAACAACUACUCAGCAGUUUUUUAUAUAGCAUUUUUCAAAGGACGAUUUUUCACUCAUCCUGGUGAUAUGAAUGUAUGGACUGAUUUGGGAGGUUUGGGAUCAGACAUAUGUGCUCCAACUGGUUGUAUUUUGGAUCUUAGUAUCUCACUGAUGAUCAUCAUGAUGUCGAAAAUCAUAGUAAGCAACUUCACCCAAAAUAUUGGUGGAUCGUUACAAUAAGUUCAAAGCUAAGGUUGAGUUCACAGCUGAUUUGCCGUUAUAUGAAAAAGAAUAUUUCAUGCCUCCUACCGAACAAUACUUUCUGGUGGACGAGUACUUGGACAUGGUGAUACAGUAUGGUUUUGUGGUAUUUUUCGUAGCUGGUUUUCCUCUGGCCCCUGUUCUAGCAUUUGUUAAUAAUCUAUUAGAAAUUCGUGUUGAUGCUUCCAAAAUAACACAAAGUUAUAGAAGGCCAGUUCCAAAACAAUCUGCUGGUAUUGGACCAUGGUUUGGAAUCUUACAGGCCACUACAUACAUUGGCGUAGCAACUAACGCAUUAGUCAUAGCAUUCACUAGUAACUUCGUGCAGAAAGAAAUUUAUAGGCAUUCAAAGGACUCUGCUCAUAGUGGAUUCAUCAAUACAACCUUAUCUGGUAAGGGAUUACGAAGUAUGAAUAACCGAAGAGCGGUGUGA